UCCACCCUUAUCGUUCUGGCUGCGCUAAGAUUAAGAAACAACCCAGAACUUUUUCUCUGGCGAAAAUAGUAUCGAUAUGCCAUGCUUGGCUAUGCUGUGCAGUGUGGUCUGAGAUAACAACGCAACACAGUCAUCUCCUAACACCUUUCAAUAUGGCCGGCAAUACCAAGAAGCGCUCCCGCGACCAGGUCGAGGAUGCGACUGCAGAGCCCUCUCAAUCUCAGUCCCACCCCAACACAGACGUAGAGACUAAGACUCAAACCCAGACUCAGACCCAGACUCAGACUCAGACACAGGCCGAACCUUCCAAGAAGAAAGCCAGAGUCGAGGCUGGCAGAUCCCUUUUUGUCAGGUCCCUGCCUCCUUCUGCCACCGACGACACCCUCACCGACUUCUUUUCUGAGCACUUCCCCGUCAAGAGCGCCGUCGUCGUCAAGGACCCCGCCACCAAACUUUCCAGAGGCUACGGCUUCGUCGUCCUGACUGACGCCCAGGAUGCCAAUGAUGCCAAGGAGAAGCUCCAUGGCCAAAAGUUCGACGGCCGCCCCAUAAGCAUUGAUCUCGCCAAAGCGAGAGACCGCAAGAACAACAACAACGACACUACUGGCACUACAAACGACAAUGGCAACGAAGAGAGGCGUGCAGCCGAGCAGGAAGCCAGAAAGCCCCCCAAGCUCAUCAUCAGAAACCUGCCUUGGAGCAUCAAGAAGCCCGACCAGCUCGCCGCCCUCUUUCGUGGUCAUGGCAAGAUCUACUACUGCGACCUGCCCCAAAACAAGGGCAAGCUCUCCGGUUUCGGCUUCGUCACCAUGAAGCGCAAAGGUGCCGAAAAAGCAAUCGAGGCCGUCAAUGGAAAGGUUGUUGAUGGUCGCACUCUUGCCGUCGAUUGGGCUGUCAGCAAGCAGGAAUGGGGAAAGCUGCACCAUGGCGACCAUGAUGUUCAAGACCAGGAGGAUGGAGAGACUGCCACCAAGGAAAAAUCGGCCAAGAAGAAGUCCUCCAAGCAGGACGGAGCGGAUCCCAGCCAUGACAGCAAGAGCGAAAAGAAACCUGAAGACGAAGACGACGAGGAAGAGGACGAGGAUCUUCGAAACUUCAUGAAAAACUUUGGAGACAAGCUCGAGGAUGAAGAGAGUGGCGCUGAAGGCGACGGGCCAGACUCAGAAGCCGACGAUGAUAGUAGUCUUGAGCAAGACAACGACGAUGAAGACGACUUGGACGACCCGGAGGGAAAAAACAGCAAGCCCACCAAGCCCCUCAUGACAGAUAAUUCAUCGACUCUGUUUAUUCGCAACCUACCGUUCUCCACCACCGACUCUGACCUGAAGGGCCAUUUCGAACAGUUCGGCCCGGUACGAUAUGCCAGAGUUGUCAUGGACCGUGCCACGGACCGACCUGCGGGUACUGGUUUUGUCAACUUCAUUAGCUUUGAUGAUGCCAUGAAGUGUCUCAAAGGAGCUCCGCGGCCUCGACCCAACGACCAAUCCGGCAAGCGAUCCAUUCUGCAGGACGAGCUGGCCGAUGCACAGGGAUUGUAUACUCUCGAGGGCAGAAUACUACAACUUACUCAGGCCGUAAGCAAGGACGAGGCCACUAAGUUGACUGCUGAUGGCGUUGCUACCCGUGAUGGCAAAGACAGGGAUAAGCGACGCCUAUACUUGCUCCCCGAGGGCACCAUCGCCGCCAGCUCGCCCCUGUACUCCCUCCUCUCAGCCUCCGAGAUUAAGAUGAGAGAAGAGAGUGAAGCCCAGAGGAAAAAGCAGAUUCAGACCAACCCCAGUCUUCAUCUGAGUCUUACCCGCCUGGCCAUUCGGAACAUCCCGCGAAAUGUUUCGCACAAGGAACUCAAGGCCCUGGCCCGUGAGGCUGCCGUUGGCUUUUCUAAGGAUGUCAAAGAGGGUCGCCGCCAACCCUUAUCCAAGGAGGAGGUCACCCGUGGUGGUGACGACGACCGCGAAGCAGAGCGCAAGCGCAAGGAGAAGGGCAAGGGCAUCGUCAAGCAGGCCAAGAUUGUAUACGAGAAUACACAAGGAACCAAGGUAGCCGAAGCCGAUGCUGCCGGCAAGAGUCGAGGCUAUGGAUUCGUCGAGUACUCCUCACAUAGGUGGGCUCUAAUGGGACUGCGCUGGCUGAACGGCCACGCGCUGAAGAACGCCUCUGGAAAGACACAACGACUUAUUGUUGAGUUUGCCAUCGAGAAUGCCCAGGUUGUCUCCAGGCGCAAUGACAGACAGACGAAAUUCGGCCAAGGAGCCGGCGACACCAGCGCUGCGCAGCAGGGGCAUUCAAAGUUUGCUAGGGAUGAGCGAGGAGGUCAUCGUGGCAGUUAUAACGACAGGCGAGCUCCUAGGACUGCCAAGGGAGACCAACUCAGGAACAAGUUCAAGGGAUCAGAUGAAAAAAAUAUUAUUAAAGACGGCGCGGCGGCGAAAACAAGCGAUGCUCGCAGUGCUCUAGAGCAAAAGAUCAUCGGUAGAAAAAGGAUCAUGAAGAAGAAGAAGGCGAAUGCUCGAGGCUAAGCAUUAGAUGGGGAGCAUGGUGCACAUAGAUAUCCAGACGAUCCUACUAAAAUGUUAAUAUACGUCAACUUGCUACGU